AUGAAUCGUGCUCACCUUAAGAGACAGAGCCACUUGGCAGUCCCAAGUGACACUUAUAAAACCAAAAUACUAAGAAAGUCUAACUCUAAAAGAAGCUUCAAGACCAACAUCUCCUGCAUUAAUGAAGCCUCCAAAGAUUAUCAGUCAUCUGAUGAGGGAGGCGCCACUUACCUUUCCGAUACUUUCUUGAGCGGGGUUUUUACCCCAUACUCAACUACUAGCAACAUGUCAAAAGUAACUGGGCUAUCAUAUGGCAGUAGAAGAAGAGUAAAAGAGCAAAGAAAGGGGCUUUAGAGGUAUAAUCUUAGGCCCAUCAUAAGAUGGAGUCUUAGAGACACAUGUCAUGUCUCAAGAUCUAUGAAGAAAAGUCAAAAAAUAACUGGUUACCAAACCAAAAGUAAAGUCAAUAAGCUUGAAAAAUCUGGCACUAAGUCCAAAAAGCCUAGAGAGUCCUAUUUUUUGGAUGAAGUUACUGAGGAAGAUCUUGAAUCGACCUAUUACUGCUCUUAGAGUAUCUAUAACGAAGACUUUUUCUUCAAUUCAAACUUUAAAUCUAAUUCCUCAAGAUCAUAAAGCAAAAAGAAAACUUAAAAAUCUACUAAGUAAAAGGAGAAGAAAGAAAUGAAGUCUCCUAAAGUAAAGAAAGUUAUUGCCCCAGUCUCUACAAAGGUAUUCUUCGAGGAUAAACUGACAAGAAUACCUCGUGCAUUUACUCUAUACGAAGAGAAACACCUUAAAUUUCUUAAGGAUAAGCAUAUCGCCUCCCAAUAGAAAAAAUAACUUGGACUGGAGGAUGAUCAUGCAUCUGAUACUGGAGUAGUAGAAUAAGCGAAAAAACUGCUUAAAAAUUCACUAAAAGAUUGCAUUUCUGAGUAUCUUAGAGGGGAAUGCGAAUUAACUGGUGAAUUUGGUUCACUUCAAAAUCCAGAGGGCUCUCCUAGUGUUAGAGGCAGAAGCAUAAGCCAAGACUUUAGAAGAAAAGACUGA